AUGACUAGUCAAAUAACUACAACACUAAAUGUCUCAUCUGAGUCACAAUUAGAUUGUGCACUUGAUUUGAUGCGACGUUUGCCACCACAACAAGUCGAAAAAAAUCUUUCAGAUCUUAUUGAUCUUGUACCUGAUUUAACUGAAGAACUUUUAGCUGCUGUUGAUCAACCACUUAAAGUUGUUCGUGAUCGAACUGCUGGCAAAGAUUAUUUACUAUGUGAUUAUAAUCGUGAUGGUGAUUCAUAUCGAUCACCAUGGACAAAUACAUAUACACCAGCAUUUGAUGGAACUCUUCCAUCGGAUCGUUUACGUCAAUUAGAAAUUGAUGCAAAUCAAGCUUUUGAACAAUAUCGUGAAAUGUAUUUUGAAGGUGGAGUUUCAUCUGUUUAUUUUUGGGAUUUAGAAAAUGGUUUUGCUGGUGUUAUACUUAUAAAAAAAGUUGGUGAUGGAAGUAAAAAUAUCAAAGGUUGUUGGGAUUCAAUACAUGUUGUUGAAGUACAAGAAAAACAAAAUGGUCGUGCAGCACAUUAUAAAUUAACAUCAACAGUUAUGCUUUGGUUACAAACACAUAAAACAAUGUCCGGUAUGAUGAAUUUAGGUGGAAGUUUAACUCGACAAUUUGAAACUGAUCAUCAAAUAACAGAUUUUUCACAACAUAUUAUAAAUAUUGGUAGAAUGAUUGAAGAUAUGGAAAAUAAAAUUCGACAAACACUUAAUUCAAUUUAUUUUGGAAAAACAAAAGAUAUUUUAAAUAGUUUACGUAAUUCGGAAAAUUUUCAAGGUCGUAUUCGUUUACAACAAGCAAAUUUUACAGGUGAAUUACAAUCUGCUCUUAAUCGUACAAGACCAGUUGAAUAA